GUUUCCCUCCAUACAUCGUUUCGUUUCGUUUUGUCCAAGCUACAAAAAAUACAAAUUUCCAGUUUUGUCAAUCCAAAUCUGUUGAGCAGUACAUACGGGUAAGUGUGAAUUCAAAAAGGAAAACACAGAGGAGCAAUGCGAAUUCAAAGAGGAAAAUCGAGUUGAAUGGAAGAUGUGGCUCUGGUGUUUUAUCCCCUUCCAACCACAAGAGACUCUCUCAAGGCUCCGGUGCUUGUUGCCUUCUUCGAUCUCUUUGUCCCUCCCUCCCUCCUCCUCCAUCAUCUACUUUUCUUCUGUCAGUCAGGAGCUCGAGCUCCUCCUCGCCUCGCCUCCAUCGAAAAGGACUUGAAUCGCAAUCGAAGAGGUGAAGGUGCCAUCUUGCGUGUGAUGAUGAAUGUUCUCUCAAGCCACCCCCAAAAUAUGAAGCUUCGGAUCCAGGAGAUCUCUCACAGUCACAGACGGAGGUCCUGCAGGGUUCAAUGUCCAUACGCGCUGGACUCCCCUUGUGGAGGAGCAGGAGGACAUGUAGCACUUGUUCAUCCCCGCAGGAGGCGUCAUCCAUUCGUUGCAGUCAGAGCAGCCAAUGGCAGCGGAGGAGAAUCGAGCAGUGGUGAAGACGAUGAUGACCAAGAAAAGCAAAGCAAGAAAGAGGGUAGCUCUGGGUCUGGGUUGUCCAGAGAGGAUUUGGAACGGCUAGUCGGGCCUGACGAUGCAACGUUCGAUGGAUUGGAUCUUGCAAACCUCAUCAGGAAGAAGUACGGUAGAUCAUACGAUGUCACGCUCAUAAAGAAGGAGUUCAUGGGAAGGAAUCUGUUGGCUAUGAAUGUGAUGUGGAAGUACAGGGAGCAAAGAUCGUUCCCGUUGAGCGAGGAGGAGUACCUGCUGCGUCUGGACGGCGUGGCCAACACGCUCAAGUGCUGGGGAGCUGUGGCGCAUGUCCGGAAUACGCUGGAGAAGCUCAAGGAGAGGCCAAGGAUUGGCAAAGCGGUGAGCAUCUUCAUCGACUUGGACGAGACGGGAGGGCGCUCAAACGAAUGGAUUUACAAGUGAUCCAUGAUGGAUCCACCUGAACCUGCUUGGCUCUGCUUGCAUCAGCUAGUUAGUUACCUUGAGGAUGGAGUGAAAUUCUUUGCAGCAUAAUCGAAUAAUAAUUUGCCUGCAUCAGUGAUUAUUUAUUGGCGUUCGACUCUA